AUGGCGCCGAAGAAGACGCUGAAGGACAAGUCGGGCUUCUUCGGUGUGAGGCAGAAGCCCUCCGGUAACUGGGGAGUGGAGCUCUCCGAUGUCGAGAGGCGUUGGUGGAUCGGCACGUACCCCUCCGCCCACGAGGCCGCGCGUGCCUACGACCUGGCGGUGUGGCGUGCCGAGAGGCCUCGGGAGCACCUCAACUUCCCAGAGAUCGAGAGUCGGGUGGAAGCAGAGAUGCUUGUGCCGCAGGGCAUCAAUAUGAAGGAGAUCACGACGAAGAAGAAGACAACGAAGAAACCGUCGGUUGUCGUCAAUGCCGACGAGACCGACGAGGAGGCGAUGGCGAGGUUUGCUCGGGAGCAUCCGGAGUACGUUCAGGCCGAGCUGGAGCACUACUGGAAGCGUGAGGCGGAGCAGAAGAAGAAGGAGGACGAGCCCGGUCCCUCGACGGUGAUCCCCAUCGAGUCCUCUUCCGAGGAGGACUGGACAGACUUCUCAGAGGAGGAGGAGGAGGAGGAGGAGGGGUGCGACGACCCAGAGAAGGAGGAGUUCUGGGAGCAGUUCCGCAGCUCCGACGAUGAGGAGUAGUUUAUCUAGUAGUUUGAAGUAGUAGUUGAAGUUCAUGUAUGAAACUAUGUUGAAUUUGAUGUUUGAACUAUGUUGAAUGGACUAGUAGUUUGUCGUUUUAAGAAA